GUAUAAAAGAAGCCUCCGUGGCUUUAGUUCCUAAACUCAUGUCUGGAAAUACACCGUAUCUGUCCUAAGCAAGCUCUUCGCUUAGGAAACAAACUCCUUGCAUGUUAAAUGAGCAAUUCUUAGAGCUGCUGAAAAGCAUGACUUCCUCUUCUGUUGUUGAUAAACCUCCGGUCAGACGGGUUGCUAUCUUCGGGGGAACUCAUGGCAAUGAGUUAUCAGGGGUAUUUUUGGUCAAGCACUGGCAAGAGAAUGGAGCUGAGAUUCAAAGAACAGGAAUGGAAGUGAAACCAUUUCUUACCAACCCAAGAGCUGUGAAGAAGUGUACUAGAUACAUUGACUGUGAUCUGAACCGUGUUUUUGACCCUGAUAAUCUUGGCAGGACAGUGGUGGAAGAUAUUCCAUAUGAAGUGAGAAGGGCUCAGGAAAUCAAUCAUAUAUUUGGUCCAAAAGGUAGUGAUGAUGCGUAUGACCUUAUUUUUGACCUUCACAACACCACUUCUAACAUGGGUGGUACCCUUAUUCUUGAAAACUCCAGGGAUGACUUUACAAUUCAAAUGUUUCAUUAUAUCAAGAACGCUUUGGCUCCAGAAUGCUGCCCUGUUCUGCUGAUUGAACAUCCUAGCUUGAAAUAUGCAACAACUCGAUCUGUAGCAAAACAUCCUGUUGGUGUGGAGGUUGGUCCCCAGCCACAAGGCGUUGCUAGAGCAGAUAUCUUGGACAAAAUGAGGAAGAUUGUCAAAUAUGGCCUUGAUUUUGUGCAACUUUUUAAUGAAGGAAAGGAAUUCCCACCGUGUACAAUUGAGGUUUUUAAAAUAAUGGAGAAAGUAGAUUAUCCCAGGAAUAAGAAUGAUGAAGUUAUUGCUAUUAUUCACCCUAAACUGCAGGAUCAAGACUGGCAGCCACUGAACAAAGGUGAUCCUCUAUUUUUGACUCUUGAUGGAGAAGUGAUUGCAUAUAAAGGGGACUGUACAGUCUAUCCAACGUUUAUUAAUGAAGCUGCAUACUAUGAAAAGAAACAAGCUUUUGUAAUAACAGUAAGAAUGAAACUCACUGCAAAUCACAUCAGAUCCUCAGUCUUAAAGCAGAAUGCUUUUUAAAAUCUUAUUACAGAUUUUCCAUAAAAGAAGUGGAUUCCUUCUCUGUGACAUCCAGUGUCAGUAGUAAUUCAUGAAAUAAAUAAAUGCAGAAUCUAAUUUUAAAUUGUAAUUUAAUUAACAUUGCUGAGCACUUUUAAGGUGACACAUACUGUCAUAAUACUAAUUCUGACUACUGCUACUUGUUCUAAUAGAUUACUACAGAUGCAGAGAAUAAAUAUUAUUUCUAUGGAGUUUGUUAGUUCACAUUAUAUUAAAUAAUUAAACAAUGUACCACCUGGGGGGGAGUGGCUAUAAAACUUAUAUCCAGCGUCAGAGAGAAAGAUGCUCAUGCACAAAACUACAUUAUAUAAAAAAAUACAGCAUUUCUACUUUAUAAUCCCAAACUGCCCAUCACCAAAACUUUCUAAAAUGGUAUGAUCUUUGAAAUGAAUUCUUCAGAUAACCAUGCAAAAUAUGAGCCUGAGGAAAAGAGAGGGGAAGGGAAACAAAGAGAGGGUGUGUGUGAUAAAAUCCUUUUGUAUUAGCUGUAUAUGUGACUAACCCAGACUGCACUGAGGUGGAAGCCUUAGGGUUUGUUUGUGUUUUUAUACUUAGGAAGAUAUAAAAUAAGCUAAAACCAUAUGAUUUCUGAGAAAAGUACACUAAAAUUAAAUGUAAAGCUUUUAGAUUUAAAGUAUUACAAGAUUAAUUCCAGCUGUUUUGGAUUUAACAUUAAUUUAAAGACAAAGUUUUUAAUUUAGAAAGUAUCUAGUAGUCGGAAACAUAUUGGAGCCAUAGUCAGCUUCAGGAAAAAGCUGUGCUUAUCCUGCAGAAACUUUUGAAGGAAACAUCUAUUGCAAUAGAGACGAGACGUUUAUCGUUUUAGAACUUUGUAAGUGUACCCACCUCCUGCUUAUAACAUGUUCCAAAUAAAGAGUUUAAUCAACUGUUGUACCCCAAAAGCUUUUCAUGAAGGAGGCAAGACUGGGUAAUCACUCAGGUUUUGAUGGAGAGCAACACACAAACCAUACUUGAGUAGUUCAGAACAGAAUUUAAGAAGAAUUCCACAGGGGGAGACUUCUCAGCAUUUUGACUGACUUGUUCUGUAUUUGUAGAGAGAAAGCUUGUCAGAGUAGCUGAAAAAGAGAAGAAAAUGAGCAUUUCAUUCAUUUUCUAAAGUUACUUUUAACAUAUCUGACAAUAACUGAGAAUACAUAUGUCCCCAAUAUAAUAUUAAGAACUUUCCCAAGGACGCAAUAAUUAGCUAUUUACUGAAGGACUCAUUGUCUACUUAACCCCCAAACUGUAUCCUUUGAAAAGUGAUGUCUUCCUUAUUUACUACUAAGCCAAAAUCCUUUUUCCCUUGCUUUUUGUAACUCCUAGGCAAUAAAUUAAAAACACAGGACAG